AUUUGUCGGAACUAGUAGUAUCCAGAAGCUUCGAACUCCAUAUUUUGAUGAACACAACCAAUUCAAAACCCUUCUAAAACCCUACCAUUUCCCUGCUUAACGAAUCCCUCUAUCGUGCUUGUGGCUACAAUCUUCUUCUCUCAUCUCUUCUUUCUCUCAUCAAUUCACUAUGCACAGACUCUCCACCACUGCUCGUUCUUCUUCCGUCUCCGCCUUGUUGCGCUAUGGCGGCGCACUUCGAAGGGACGUUGUUGCUCCCAUUUCCUCUUCUCAGUUAACUAAGGUGAGUGAGAAGGACACCCAAGCUAGAUGGUUUUCUAUUCUGGGCACGGACAAGUCCAGCACAAUUGAAUCUGAAAAUCAUCCAAACUUGAGAAGAGAUUUGUUCUUGGGUAGACGAUGUGAAUCAACUGCUGCAGAAUCUUCUGCUUCUAGUUCCACACCUGCCGAGAGAUAUGAAUACCAAGCUGAGGUUAGUCGGCUCAUGGACCUCAUUGUUAACAGUUUAUACAGUAACAAAGAAGUGUUUCUUAGGGAACUUAUUAGCAAUGCAAGUGAUGCUUUGGAUAAGCUGCGAUUUCUGAGUGUAACAGAGCCUGGACUGUUGAAGGAUGCAGUUGAUUUUGAUAUCCGAAUUCAAACUGAUAAGGAUAAUGGGAUCAUAUCUAUUACUGAUACAGGCAUUGGUAUGACUAGGCAAGAGCUAGUUGAUUGCCUUGGAACUAUUGCUCAAAGUGGAACUGCAAAGUUUUUGAAGGCUCUGAAGGAUAGCAAGGAUGCUGGUGGUGACAACAACUUAAUUGGGCAGUUUGGUGUGGGAUUUUAUUCUGCUUUCCUGGUUUCUGAUCGGGUGGUUGUCUCGACAAAGAGUCCAAAAUCUGAUAAGCAAUACAUCUGGGAAGGGGAGGCAAAUGCUAGCUCAUAUACCAUAACUGAGGAAACAGAUCCUGAGAAGCUGAUUCCAAGAGGAACUCGUCUUACUCUUUAUCUCAAGAGGGAUGACAAAGGUUUUGCUCAUCCAGAGCGUAUUGAAAAGCUUGUGAAAAACUAUUCACAAUUUGUCUCGUUCCCAAUAUACACUUGGCAGGAAAAGGGAUUCACCAAAGAAGUGGAAGUUGAGGAGGAUACGGAGGAAGCUAAAAAGGAUGAUCAAGAUGGGAAGACUGAGAAAAAGAAGAAAACUAAAACUGUUGUUGAGAAGUACUGGGAUUGGGAACUGACAAAUGAGACCCAACCAAUCUGGCUCCGCAAUCCUAAAGAAGUCACUAAAGAGGAGUACAAUGAAUUCUACAAGAAAACUUUUAAUGAAUACUUGGAGCCAUUAGCAUCCUCACACUUUACCACAGAGGGUGAAGUAGAAUUUAGAUCUAUACUUUUCGUUCCAGCCUUUGCUCCCUCAGGGAAGGAUGACAUAAUCAAUCCCAAGACCAAGAAUAUAAGACUUUAUGUGAAGAGAGUGUUCAUUUCAGAUGACUUUGAUGGAGAACUGUUCCCUCGAUACUUGAGCUUUGUCAAAGGUGUUGUUGACUCAAAUGACCUCCCACUUAAUGUGUCACGUGAAAUUCUUCAAGAGAGCCGCAUAGUGCGGAUUAUGAGGAAACGUUUAGUUCGGAAAGCUUUUGACAUGAUUCUGGGAAUAUCCAUGAGUGAGAACAGAGAGGAUUAUGAAAAAUUCUGGGAGAACUUUGGCAAACACUUGAAAUUGGGUUGCAUUGAAGACCGUGAGAAUCACAAACGUAUUGCUCCAUUGCUUCGCUUUUUCUCAUCCCAAAGUGAGGAAGAACUGAUUGGCUUGGAUGAAUAUGUGGAGAACAUGAAACCUGAUCAAAAGGAUAUUUAUUAUAUUGCUUCUGACAGUGUGACUAGUGCGAAGAACACCCCUUUCUUGGAGAAACUUGGGGAGAAGGAUCUUGAAGUUCUGUUUUUGGUGGAUCCAAUAGAUGAGGUUGCCAUUCAAAACCUUAAAUCAUACAAGGAAAAGAAUUUUGUUGACAUUAGCAAAGAAGACUUGGAUCUAGGUGAUAAGAAUGAGGAAAAGGAAAAAGAAAUGAAGCAGGAAUUUGGCCAAACAUGUGACUGGAUCAAGAAGCGACUGGGAGAAAAAGUUGCAAGUGUGCAAAUUUCAAACCGACUUAGCUCUUCACCUUGUGUUCUGGUGUCUGGGAAAUUUGGUUGGUCUGCAAACAUGGAAAGGCUGAUGAAGGCACAGAGUAUGGGUGAUGCAUCCAGCUUGGAAUUCAUGAGGAGCAGAAGGGUGUUUGAGAUCAACCCUGACCAUGCCAUUAUCAGGAAUUUGGAUGCUGCAUAUAAAACGAAUCCCAAUGAUGAAGAUGCCCUCAGAGCUAUCGAUCUUUUGUAUGAUGCAGCUUUGGUUUCCAGUGGUUUUACGCCUGAUAAUCCAGCACAACUUGGAGGGAAGAUAUACGAGAUGAUGGGUAUGGCUCUUACAGGUAAAUGGUCGACUCCUGAUCAGUUCCAGUCCACUGUAGCGCAGCCCCAUAUCCCAGAAACUGUAGAAGCUGAGGUUGUCGAACCUACUGAGGCUGGCAGUCAGAAGUGAGAGGACAGUCAUAUGGACAUUUUUGUCUUUUCCCGUUCGCUUUCUGUUCUUUCUUUCAAAGCUGUUUGCUUAUAGGUGAAGUUGUAUUCUUGAGGAACGUGGGUGUUGGUAGUAACCAUUUAUAGAUAUAUCAUGAGGAAUUCAGUGGCAA